CACAUCACUCAACGUUGCACGUCAUAUUUAUGAGGGAACAUGGCGUUCGCUAUGAAGACAGUGGUUGCUGCGUUCGUGGGUGUUCUACUGUUUGCAGUAUUUGUUCUAUAUUCUACACGCGAUCAGACUGGAUACACAGCGGAGAAGCACCCAAGCGGCAUCUCAAAUCAAGUUUUUAAACCACCACCACAACUGCCAGUACAAAGGCUCUCCAAUUACAAGGAUCCUUUGAAGAUAACAGAAUGGUGGCAAGCUUCUUCUCUCUUGAAAUGGGACUGGGAGAAGCCCCCCGAGUACAAGUGCAACCCUAUCGUAAGGAAAGGCAACUGGCAUAUCUGUAUGGAUGGGAACUACGGCGUGAAGCCGCCUUGUCUCGUCUACUCAUUUGGUAUCUGGAACGACUGGUCGUUUGACGAUGCAAUGGGUGCCCUUGGCUGUGAAGUCCAUUCUUUUGACCCGAGUAUUGGCUUGAAAUCAUUCAACAGAAGUGCGAACGUCCAUUUCCACGACAUCGGCAUAUCAGGGACGGACAGCGACACGUUUGUCCCCACUAAAGAUAUAUAUGUAAAAACAAAACAAAUAUGGAAAAUCAGACGCCUCGAAACUAUCAUGCAGAUGCUCGGACAUACCAAUAGACACAUCGAUGUCUUGAAGAUCGACGUGGAGACUAGCGAAUGGCCAACAGCGAAGGAUCUGGCAGAGUCAGGAGUCCUGUCCAAGGUGAAGCAGUUCGCGGUGGAGUGGCACUUGUUUCCCACCUAUCCCAGCAAGGACAAAUACGUGGAGUUUUAUACCAGUGUACAGGGCAUGAAAGAAAAGGGUUUACGCACAUUUAGAGCUGAUUUCCAUAACAGAAACUACGGGGAAAAGAACUGGAUUAUGCAGGCAGAUGUGAAUUACGUGAAUAUACUUUAUAAGGGGAACUGAACCAUAGGUAACUUUCGAAUUCUCAUCAUUUUAAACGUAUGCAUCUAGGAAAACGAUUUAUUCCUUGAGUUAUAUAUUUUUAUACUUUUUCUGUUUUCUUGAUAUCUGGACCGAAAUCGCAUUUUGAUGAAUGCAUAAGGCAGAUUUACACGGGAAACAGCACGAUGGCGAACUCCCUAAACAUUGUUACCGUGAAGAGUGGUCAUGACAGAGUUCUCAGUCUGUUUCAAGCACAGGAACCUAUGUCAAAUGACACGUGGGAAAAUGUUAAGGCUUCGCCUAUAUUUUGCCACAUAGUAGGGGUUUGUGUGAACAUUCCUUCGUUUCGAUAGCGUUUGUUUUGUGAACAUUCCUGCUUCUAUGAAGGAACAUCCUACAACACUGUGAUAACUAUAUUGUUAGGUGUAAUCAUGAACAUGAUUGGCAGGAUGCACUCGCAAAGGCCUUAAAUCUUUUAUUCAAGGAAUAUCUCUGUUUAGAUGCCUGGAUAUUGAAACUGGAAGGUAGAUUAAUAUCCUACGGAGCGUUAAAUCCUGUUCAAAAAGUGUCAGUAAUGAUGGGUAUGUGGACGACAAAUUCAUCUUUUUGCUAGUCUGCUAUGGAUAUACGCAACUAAGGGUAAAUUAUCUACUACAGAAGUUAUCCUACGUCAUUUUGUCUAUAAAUGAUUAUGAAAGUGCACAUUUAUCAAGCUAUGCCACCGCGAGCUAUAUUGUUAUGAUGAUGUCUAUACCACUCCAUCGAUACUACUGCCACAAAUGUAAGCUGGCAGUGGGCCUAUAUUGGUGAGAAAUAUACCAAGUAAGUAAAAUCCGUUGUUCAUCGGUUCAAUCCCAGAUUGCCUAUUUAAUCAUAUAUUGGGCGAAGGAAGGGUGUUCGCGAACCUCUUGUUUAUAUGCCCAAUCUAUACUGAAUUAAGAAACAUGUAUAUAUCUGUUUACAGCCUAACCUCUACUCAUUUAGGGGCGGUGGGGUAGUGGUUAAAGCGUUCGCUCGUCACGUCGAAGACUCACGUUCGAGUCCCCACAUGGGUACAAUGUGUAAAGCCCAUUUCGGGUGUUCCCCGCCGUGUCAUUGCUGAAAUAUUGCAAAAGGCGGCCAAAACUAAACUCACUCACUCACUCUACCCAUUUAUGAGUUAGUAGGCAUCACCUCUUAUCUUAUGAAUCAUAAUUUAACUUGCAACUGUUUGUAAAGCCUUAAGGGGCGGUGGGGUAGCCUAGUGGUUAAAGCGUCGGCUCGUCACGCCGAAGACCCGGGUUCGAAUCCCCACAUGGGUACAAUGUGUGAAGCCCAUUUCUGGUGUCGCCCGCCGUGAUGUUGCUGGAAUAUUGCUAAAAGCGGCGUAAAAACCAAACUCAGUCAGUCAGUCAGUUGUAAAGCCUAACAGAGAAUUAUGUAAUUGUUCAUCAUUAACUGUACAUGGAUCCAUGACCUAAUUUCCGAAAUAUACAAUAUGUAAAUCAAGAUUCGCUUUGAUGUCAUCGAAUAUGGAAAUAUCCAGGACCAGAGUUACUUCGGGAUAUCUUCCACACCUGAAUACUGGAACAGUUAAACAGUGUAACGUGCCAAUGUAACAUUAAUUUACGUCAUUAAAAUGCGCUCUGGAGCCUUGGGAA